AUGAACAUUGUCUCCACUUCCCCUCCACCCAACUAUGACGAGGUUAUAGAAGCAUUUAUCAGCCUAAACCAGGAAGAUGCGUCAAGAAUCUCUGAAAAAUGGGUAAGGUCCCUCAUUGUAAAGGCAAUAGGGAAGUCCUUCUCAACUGAAUAUUUGAAGUCAUCUCUUCAGAGAAUCUGGAAAAUCACUCCACCCCUGCAAUUCAUAGCAUUAGGGAAAGGUUUUUACAAUGUCACGAUACCCUCGGAGGAGGCAAGAGAAGGUAUCCUCUCGAAGGGACCGUGGUUUGUUGCAGGCCAUAUGCUCUUUGUCCAACCUUGGACACCAGGCUUUAAACCAUCGCAAGCGGUUAUUUCAAAAGCUCCAGUGUGGGUCUCACUGCUGGAAUUACCAAUAGAAUUCCACACCAAACCAAUUCUGCACCGAAUUGCGAAUGAAAUUGGGGCCUUUAUCAGAACAGACAUGAACGCAAUUGAGCAAAACAGGGUAAGCUCCAUUGUCCAUGGAGAAGAAAGAUGCCCCCAGAAAAGAACAAACAGAGAGAUAACCAAGAACGGCGGGAGUACAGGGGAUGCUGAUGAUGACAAAAAUUUAGGGCAAGACGUGUCACAAGCAGAAAGGGUUGAUAGAGAGGAAGAAGGGGAAGGCCCUUGGAUCCAUGUUUCAAAAAAGGCGACAGCGGGAAGUAAGAAAGGUGAAAGAAAAAAGGCUCCAAGAAACAAGAAAGCUGAUUCGAAGCUUGCUGCAGAAGGCAAUGUUGGAGAGAAAGGGGAGAAAAGACAAAACCACAACGGACAAAAGAAAAAACCAAAUGGUCCAACAGGGAGGUAUACAAUUUUAGUCCAAAAUGUUACUAACAAAUUAUCAGCCCAGCUGAGGAAGAAGGAUCUCACCAAAGCCCAAAACAAGAAGCCCAGUAAUGAAGUGGACCCAAACACCAAAGAUACACGGAAAACCCAAACGGCUAGCAUUGAUACCCCAACUCCAAAAAUUAAGUCACCGCCAUCUAAACCAAUCAAAAGCCACCCUUCAAAGACAAUCCAAACCGUCCAUUUAUCACCCCCCCCCCCCAGCAAACCACAGUCGUUCGAUCGCAACCUUUCACCUUCUCCUCAACAGUAA